ACACUCUCCUGCUGAUCAAGACGCGCCUGCUACCGGCACGCAUUUCAAAAACGGGAAGCGGAGUGAUACAAUACACACGAUCGUUGUCCCUAGUUGUCAAACCAAGGGAGGGUAGGCUACCUGAGCGAACAAGUCGCGUAGGUUGGGAAUGAAUAUAGAAAUUGGAGCAGAUAACUGUCAUUUGAUGUGCUGAAAUGACAGUUUUCAAUGCGGGAUCUAUAUCAUUCAGUUGAUUACAGCUGUUCCAUUGCAACAGCUGCUGAUGUUUUUUUCCGUUUGUUCUCUUGGACGAUAAAAAGAUGAUCAUUGUAGUACUCCGUUACAGUGCCUAAGUUGUCAGUGAGCUGUCGGGGCGUGGCGGCAUGCGAUCCCCCUGAGCAAGACAGCGCCCUCCAGAGGUGACAGCAGGGAGGACAGGCAGCAGGAUGCCAGUGCAGGCGGCCCAGUGGACAGAGUUCCUCUCCUGCCCCAUCUGCUACAACGAGUUCGACAGCAGCGGCCACAAGCCCAUCAGUCUGGGCUGCUCGCACACUGUGUGUAAGACCUGUCUCCUCAAGCUGCACCGCAAGGCCUGUCCGUUCGACCAGACAGCCAUCAACACUGACAUCGACCUCCUGCCAGUCAACAGUGCCCUGCUACAGCUGGUGGGAGCUCAGGCUGUGGAGUCCCAGGCUGUGACUCUGAGCAGUGCUGUGGAGGUAGGGCACUAUGAGGUGUGCAGGGUGUGUGUGGAGGAGCUGGCUCUCUAUCUCAAACCCAUCAGUGGAGAAAAAGGUGUGGUGACCCUCAGUCCGAGCGUGCUCAGUCGGCCCAUGCAGAGGAAGCUGGUGACACUCGUCAACUGUCAGCUGGUGGAGGAGGAGGGGCGGUUGCGGGCGGUGCGGGCGGGCAGGUCGCUAGGGGAACGUACCGUCACAGAGCUCAUCCUGCAGCACCAGAACCCACAGCAGCUCUCUGCUAACCUGUGGGCCGCCGUCAGAGCACGGGGAUGCCAGUUCCUGGGGCCUGCCACGCAGGAGGAUGCUCUGAAGCUGGUACUGUUGGCGCUAGAGGACGGCUCAGCUCUGUCCAGGAAAGUUCUUGUCCUUUUUGUGGUCCAGAAGCUGGAGGCUCGGUUCCCUCAGGCCUCCAAAACCUCCAUAGGACAUGUGGUCCAGCUACUCUACAGGGCCUCCUGCUUUAAGGUGACCAAGCGUGACGAGGACUCGUCGUUGAUGCAGCUAAAGGAAGAGUUCCGUGCGUACGAGGCGCUGCGUCGCGAGCAUGACGCCCAGAUCGUACACAUCGCCAUGGAGGCGGGGCUCCGUAUCUCCCCUGAACAGUGGUCCUCUCUGCUCUAUGGAGACCUCAUCCACAAGUCACACAUGCAGUCUAUCAUCGACAAGCUCCAGUCCCCAGAGUCCUUUGCAAAGAGUGUCCAGGAGCUGACGAUAGUUCUACAGAGAACAGGAGACCCAGCCAAUCUGAACAGCCUCAGACCACACCUGGAACUACUGGCCAACAUCGACCACAACCCAGAUGCAGCGGCGGCUCCGUGGUGGGAGGAGCUGGAGAGUGUGAUGCUGGCGGUGAAGGUUGUCGUUCAUGGUCUGGUUGAGUUUAUACACAACUUCAGUAGGAAGAGCCAUGAGACAGCACAGCCGCAGCCCAACAGCAAAUAUAAGACCAGUAUCUGUCGAGACCUCCGGCAGCAGGGUGGCUGUCCCCGAGGAUCCAACUGCACCUUCGCACACACACAGGACGAGCUAGAGAAGAACAGAAUGAGAAACAAGAAGAUCAGUGGCGUGGGCCGGCCCUUCCUCCUGGCCCAGGGGAGUAUGGGUAGUGGUCUGAGUAUGGAGGGGGGCGACUCAGGAGAGGAGGCCUGCACUGGGGGCCUGAAGAGCUCAGACAGUGGGGGGUCAGGGUCCCUAAAGGAGGAGGCCUCACCCUCCCAGCUCAUGCCCAGGGGAGAGGAUAUGAUGGAGGAGAUGAAGAGGGAGAGGUCUGUACUUAACGGAUCCACAGGCUCCAGCCGAUCCUCAUCUGGCUCUAUGGAACAGAAGUCUAUUUCUCCUCCAAAGACACCAGUCAAUUCCUCCUCAGCUCCUUCUACCUAUGGCCCAGGGUCUAGACCAGAGUGUGACUCUGCACACCCCAAACAGGCCCAGUACCUAAUGAUAAGACCCCUUCCUCAGCCCCCUCCCCACCAACCCCAGUCCUCUGAACUGUGUUACCAGGACCCCCAACCUCCCUACGACGUGCAGCCCUACCAGCCAGCCAGUAACUCCUACCCCUCUGCGAUACACCACCACAAACCCUGCGUGGCUCGCUUCCUCCGUUCCAGCCACGUCCCAGAGUCCUCUCUGCCUCCCUCCAUGGCCCCUCUGUACUCAGAGCAGUACACCUCCUUGCCCCCACCACGGGAGCACGCUGGUCCCUCUCCCUACGGUCCCUCAUCGGUCCCCCAGUACGGGCCCCUGGCCCCAGCCCACGGUGGCUACGCUCCCCUGUAUGACAGCCGGCAUAUGUGGAGGCCCCAGCUGUACCACCGAGAGGACGCCAGGAGUAACUCGCUGCCUCCCGAGGUGCUGCACUCCUCUGUGUACCAGCCCCCCCUUCGAGAGAGAUACGCCUCCCUGGACAGCCCCUACGGCUCAGCGGGGGAGCACAGAGCAGCACUGCACAGGAACUCUUAUGGGCGUUUUCCUCUUGGAUGCGAGGAUCUGUUCAGGCGGAAACAGGAGCAGUGGGCACACCAUCACCACGGCAACGUGAACAGGCCCUCCCAGUCCUCCCCCGUCUUCACCGUAGACUUUGGUGCAGAGCAUGAUGACGGUGGUGGUGGUCAGUGUAUGAACUGUAAGUUCCGUGGAGAGGAGAAUCUGUCCCACUACUCUCCCUGGUCCUGUGGAACCAUCAGUACCUGCAUCAGCCCCUUUGAACCAGAGCAUCACAAGGCCUCAGCUCACUCCCGCUCCGAAAACUUAGAAGUAGACAAUGGUGAAAGGACGCGGUGGUUACACACGUUUGAAACCUACCGCCGUCUGAAAGACGAGGACCCCAGCAUACCGUUUGAGCCCUACCGCCGUCUGAAAGACGAGGACCCCAGCAUACCGUUUGAAACCUACCGCCGUCUGAAAGACGAGGACCCCAGCAUACCGUUUGAGCCCUACCACCGUCUGAAAGACGAGGACCCCAGCAUACCGUUUGAGCCCUACCGCCGUCUGAAAGACGAGGACCCCAGCAUACCGUUUGAGCCCUACCGCCGUCUGAAAGACGAGGACCCCAGCAUACCAUUUGAGCCCUACCGCCGUCUGAAAGACGAGGACCCCAGCAUACCGUUUGAGCCCUACCGCCGUCUGAAAGACGAGGACCCCAGCAUACCGUUUGAGCCCUACCGCCGUCUGAAAGACGAGGACCCCAGCAUACAGUUUGAAACCUACCGCCGUCUGAAAGACGAGGACCCCAGCAUACCUUUUGAAACCUACCGCCGUCUGAAAGACGAGGACCCCAGCAUACCGUUUGGAGAGGGGCCCAUCAUACCGUUUGGAGAAGGGCCUAUCAUCUCCAAAUGGGGGGUGAUAUCCCGCGCCUCCCGUACAGGAUACCACACCACCGACCCGGUCCAGGCCACAGCCUGCCAGGGAAGCAACAGCACCAUCCCCAUCAACUUCAGAGAUUAUGGUCCACACAUCGGCCAUGGGGACUACAGGUGGAGCUCCGGGGGGUCUGACUCUUCCAGCCACUCCAGUUUCAUAGAGGGUGAACAGCUAGCCUCCCUUCGGCGGUCCUUCAGCAGUGGAGAGAAGGUUGGUGCAGGAGACAUGCUGCAGACUGACUACUGUAAAGACACGACAGAUCAUCAACUGGACAGAGACGUAGAACUGGAGCUGUCUGUACUAGACGUAGAGGACACUGUCCUGCAGGACAACAGUCAACAGUCUGAGAAGCCCCUGGAGCUGAGAGAGCCCCACCUCCUCACCCCUCCCAGCAGUGAACCCAUGAGGACACAGACAGACAAGCUGUCAGCAGACAAGAUGGAAGCUCAACUGCUGAAGAAGAUGGCCUUCAGGAGGUCUCUCUCCCCUGGAGGUCUGGGCUCAGGAGGCCUCAGCGUGGGGAAGCUGAUGAUGAGGACCGGCCCUCUGAGACUGGGGGACAUGGGCCCUUGCCCUAACACAGGCCCUGAGAUGCUGCUCAACGGGAACUGAGAGGGCAAACACACCUCACCGCCACGCCUGGGGGUCCCGAAGGGGUGGCCCCGAGCAGUGGUACCGGCCCAGCGCUACACAGCUCCUACACCUGCUGUCACAGUAACAUCUUAGGGUUGUAUAGGCCUUUAUCAUCAGACAGCGAUAAGGUCUCACCCCACUAAUAUCACCAGUCUGAGGGCAUAUUAUAUACAGUAUGCUACUUUAAACCACAGGUAGUGUUGUUUCAAACAUGACAAAGAGAGAUGUAUAGUUCAGACACACACACCAGUAGCCUCCGUCGCAUUUACUCUUUUCUCAUCUCGGCAGGGUCUUUUUUUGAUCAAGUGUUUGUUUGGGUGUGCUGUUCACUCUCCACUUCCUAUAAUGAUGGUGACCAUGGUGUUUAUCAUGCUUCACAUGGCAUCCAAUACUUUUCUUUUUGUUAGUUCUACAAUGUUUCCAAGGUAACAAAGGUGUUCAGCACUGUUGUGUGUGUGUGUAUGCGAUCAGCAUCUGUUGACAUUGAGCUGAUGACAAUAACAGCACAUUACUAUGCAUUUAUAGUCAUAGGAAGGAUAUUUGCCUCUCGAAAAAUUCAAAGUCUUUACUUUGAAAAAAAAUAGCGCUAAUUGAACAGGGUUUGUAGGUCUUAAAAGAGGAAGAUGAACAGGAAGAGAUGGAGGAUACCGACACUAGAUGUUGCUCUAGUCCAACUCCCAUCUACUUUAGACAUUGUAGUAGCCUAUCAAAGGUUCCUAAGGCUUGGCCGUGUUAUCCUGUGUGACGUGUCAUUUGUUGGUCUCAAGCAUUUCAUAGAUGAGAUUCAAGACGAUGACGAUCAAUCAGAUGUCACCACACUCACGUGUAUGCACAACUGUGGCCUUUUUUUGAUGUUGGUAAAAUAUCUCUUCAUAUUUAGUCUCCACCAUGGGGUUAAUAUGUUAAAAACACCAAAUAGUAAAACAUGUAUCAACAAUCGUUGAUAUAUUCAACAGAUUUCAGUAUUCAGUGGUUCUGGCACCAUCAUGUAUUGCCAUCCUCUGUGCAACUGCAGCCAGGGAUUGAAUUAUAGUGAUCUGCUGUGAUGAAAUGAUAAGUCAUACUUACAGAUAUGUGUACACUGUAAUCACAUGACAUAUACUCACAAUGUAAACUGGUUGUUGCAGCUCUUUUUGGUUCUGUGCAUCAAACUCAUAACCUGUGUUUACUAUGACAGAUUGUCAACAAACCACCAGGUGAUUAUUGUGUUCCCUCAUGCUGUCUUUGUUUAGUUAUUUUCUUUGAAGCAAUUGCUAACUUCCGUGAAGUUGUUUUGUCAAAAUAUUUUGUAUCGGGAUCUCUGUUUUGUUUCGUUGUUGGUCGUAAUUUUUGGGAAGAAAUGAAACCGAUCCAUCAGUCUGUCUCUAUAUUCAUGUUUCGAGCAGUCUUUUCACUGCUGGUUAACGGUCUAACGAAUACAGUCCAUCAUCAUUAUGUGAUCGCUACCGAGGGUCAUGCAUUGGCCUAAAAGGGUCAGUGUUAUUUUACUGCAGUUUUGUGCACUGAAUGUUCUGUUUGCUGUCUUCUCCUGCCUGUGGGGGUGAAGAGAUUCGGGUGACGCUAUGUGUUAACUUGCAGCACUUAGAUAAACUCUCCUAUUUAUAAUAGGGUUUAUUUUGUUACGGUCUGAAAGGAAGCAGACAGGCUAAGUGAGACAACUUGACCAGUGAUUGAUAAUUCUUAAGGACUGCCCCAUACAUACAGUAUAUCCAUUCUCUAAGCAUUACUGACAGGCUACUGUAUUUCUGUUGCUCUUCUGUUCCUGUUUCAGACUUUGACUUAAGAAAAUGUCUUAGUGUCAUAUUGUGUACAAUCAAUCAGCAGAGUCCAUUGUUGUCUAAUGGUGGACAGGGCCCUUUAGGGGAUAGGGGCCUUUGGGUAUAAGAUGUGGGCAGGACCAGGGAGUCUAAGGUUUAGAACCUGGUCAAGUUCAAGGGUAGUGUUGUGAUUCUAGGCCAAUCCAUCUGGCUCCUGUAGUUUAGGUUUGUUUCAGCAGGGAGUGCUAGAGCCUAGUCUCUGCAGCCCUUAGUGAUGGAGGAUUUAUGUUGCUAAGCUACUGAUAAAGGGUUUACUCAUUACGCUGAUUCUGUUGCAGGAAGCAAACGGAACCAAACGAGGAGGGACAUACCUGAAUUU